AUGGCGUAUGACUCGUACUACGACCCCUCACCUCCACGCCCCCAGGAGGAAUACGCAAACGAACAGACCUACAAUCCUCCGUAUCCCUCGCAGCACGUCUCCGAUCAGAUUCAAAUGCCUCAUCCCCGCAUGCCAUCGCCCUCCUACCAGAACCCGCCGACCCCGUUGUUCAGACCCCCCAGCAGUGGCGCUCCCUACAACACUAACAACACUAACAACAACAACAACAACAACAACAACCCUGAUAAUACCAACAACGCGGGCUAUCUCUCGCCGGAGCUGAUCUCCCAAGUCACCGCAACUGUCAUCCAGCAGCUAAAGGCAUAUGGCCUGGAGGGGUUUCAGGGCCAGCAGCAAUCCCCUCCGCCUCCACCGCCAGCAGGGCCAGCAGUGGCACCAGUGCAGGCACAGCCGGUGCCUUCCCAGCCACUAUCCACACCAGCAGGGCCAGAAGCAGCGUAUUACAAUCAGCUGGCAUCGCACAAGGAUGCUCAACCCCAACCACAGGAUACCCGCGCACAGGAGUCAAUUUCUGUGCCACCGGAGAGACGAGAUCUUCCGGCCGAUAGGCGUUCUGCGACGGCGCCGGAUUCGCGAUCAAAUAUGUUCAGGCGUGAACCUACACAGGAGGAGCUGACUACCGUGGAAAGAAUAUGGGGCAGAUUGUUCGAUAAUAAUGGCCAGCCGACGCCAAGAUUGGGCCAGCUUCUGCGAGGCAUUGCGGUGCAUUUGAUCGAGGACUACCCGCCCGGGAACACUAUGGUUGUUCUUCCGGACAAAAUGCAGAAGUAUUAUGCAGAUACCAAGAUCUCAACUGAUACGUAUCCAUGGCAUGACAUAUUCGAUGACCGGACAUCGUCCAUUUCAAGGAUUUAUCGAAGCAUCGAGGCAGAACACCACCUCGUCCAGGACCCCUCGAACCUGAAAGAACGACCAGAUAUUCCGGGCCUCACUCCCCGAGGCUUUGAAAAAUGGUAUACGCUUAUGAUACAAGCGAAUCCAGACAGGGAAUUCUCUCGUCUGCAGAAAACAGUCCUUGAUAUGCCAAUUAGCAACCCGGAUGACAAGAAAGAGCGAUUUCCCAAAGAGCUGCCCCGUCGUCUAUUUCCGAGUUCAUCGGAUAUAAGCAUAUUGGAGAAGCUGGAGGCUUCCAUCAUUGCUCAUUGUGAAGUUGAACUCCCCCGCAACCCGGUCGAGGAGAGUUCCAAGCCGCCGUCUUCUUCACUACGAACUCCCAUAGAGAGAUCCCCAUCUAGAGUACCAACCGACCGCGUUGCUCCUCCUGUGACUGUUUCGAAGUCCAACUCGCAAGAAAGAGAAGCGACAUCCGCGGGUAUAGAGGACGAGGAGGACACAACGACGACUUCUCGUCCAAUUGAACGAGAGAGAAAACCAUACUCCGCCCAACCUGGCGGGGGCAAAGUAUAUGAAGAGACAGCUACAAAUGCCAUCCCAAAGACGGAGAGCGCAUCUGCAGGACGGCAAUCACAUAUUUACGCCCAAGAUCCACCUUAUGCCCGGGGAGGAGGAGGAGUAGGUCCAUCAUCAACAAAUCCUACAGGACACAGCGGCCAUAUGCACCAUGCAUCAAUCUCUUCUUCCAAGCCGGGCCAUAGACGCAGCUCGUCUGUCGGAGUCAAUGCCAAUAAAUCAGGCGACUACCGCCACUCGGAGCCCGAUUUGGUCUCUUACGAACCGAGUUAUAUGACUAUGGACAGCAGUGGCCAUCACUACAAGACUAGCGGGGCUGCUGUUGGAGAUAGCUUCGAUGAUGAUGACCGGCUCGUAUAUCGGGAUUAUGACCGGGACGAUAGCAGGGACUACGAGCUUCUUCGCGAACGGGAGCGAGAGCGCGAGCGUCGAUACCACGACCAUCUGGGUGGUUCUGGAAGAUCGACAUGGAAUGACGAGGAUUACUACCGCGGUUUAUUGGGUGGACAGGGCGGUGGCCCUGAAUAUAAGUAUCGUUGA